AUGUUGACGAGCCGGUGCAUGCGUUCGAUUUCCAAGCUCUCUUCCUCAGCGCGCCUUGUGGUAAGAGCAAACUUUAUAUCAGUGAGUUUAUAUAUCAGCUCUCAUUAAUUUAGGCCUUCUUCCUGCAGCGCCAUGCCUCAAGACUUCAGCAAGGAAGCUGUAAAGAAGGUAAAACAUUACAUAAGCCUUACCGCACGUGUAUACAUAUAGUGUGUAAGUUUGGACUCUUUACUCCGGUCUAAAAUUUACGAUGAUCUUUGAUUUGCCCAUCUUCACAGGGAUUAAUGUACAGAUUGGAUUAUUAGGUAGAUCGUCCACGGGUGGUCAGUGGUAAGUAAAAAUUUUGAUUUUUUUAUGUCUAUGAAGGUUGCCUUUGAGGGACUGGAACUACAAUAUAACUACAGCUAGUUGUCACCAACACCAUUUUCAGGGGUUCUAAGCUGACGUUUCGAGUGUCGUGUUAGAAACUACUGAUAGUGGCUAAUUUACUUUAUUAACUCAUUUGAUGAAAUCUAAUUAUCUUGUUUUACUCGCCCACCAACGCAGCACCACAGUUUCUUUAGAAACUUGCUCACUUCAUUCAUUUUCAGGGGUGAUUUGUUUCGGUUGAGGAACCACCAAUUGAAAACAUUCCCAGUUCUCUACAAAAAACAUGCAAAUUCCUUCACUCUGCACAUGUAAUUCUACUUAAACUGCAGCAAAUUGACCCACCAACUCCUGUGAUCUGAUCAGUAUUGUAAUCCUCCCUUCCAGAAGCCAUACUUUUCCUCAUGAAAUAGUUUGGAGAAUGUAAAUCAAAUCCAAACCAUGUUAUUACCUAUACAAAGUAUAGGGCUGUGUGGAAAUCUUACCUAACUCCUCCUAGUUUUUCCUGCUCUUACCAUAAAUGACACUGGUGUUCUGCGACUGAAAACAAGUAUUCACAACUGUCUAAGUAAGUUUCUUUUUCUUUUGUUUAAUAGCUUAGCUGCACAAGGCAAGUUUGGCAGGCGCUUCACCAGGAGUAUUUAUGCGACAACAGUAGCAGGUAACUGACAAAGUGUAAUCUGUUUUCUCUCAAGAUCUGAUUUGUUAUUAGUUAUUUUUCCUGUAAUACUGACACAUUUUCAGUAAUUAGUAUGUGAAGGCCAGAAUAAGUGUUACUCCAAUAAGUUUUACCAUAAUUGAUGUAGUGUUCUCCUUUUCAUGUUGUAACUGGUCAAAUUUACUGCUUGUAUUACCUCUUAUUACCGGCUUAAAUUGCUUGGAAUUCUUGGAAUUUCAUGAGAAAAAAAAUAUUGCACUACUGGUAUGAAAAUUAAGCUACCUGUCAUGCAAUUAGGGGAGAACACCAUUAAUGCAAUCCCUGCCAGUGCUACUACAUUUACUGCUGUUACUACACUACUACAGAACUACUGUCACUGCUGCUGCUGCUACUGUAGCUCUACAGAGCACAAACCGUAACAUUCCCAUAUUGCGAUAUAUAGUUCAACUACACUUUCAAUUGGAAGAAUGAAAGUAAAUAUCAAAGACUGAUAGUGCUAUUUGAUUACCAGCUGAUUUUGCCAGGAUACCAGAGAUGAUGGCUAACAGUCUAAUUGAAGCUGCUGGAGUUGAUGCUGGUGUAGCUGAUGAUGAUGACGAAAUGACGAGUUCGGUAAAGAAGGGGAAACAUAGAAGGAUCAAUUGUGGCUGGUGUAGCUGAUGACGAUGAUGAAAUGACAAAUUCAGUAGAGAAGGCGCAACACAGAUAGAUUAAUCAUGGUUAUUAACAAAGGAUAAAGUGACAGUGAAAUGUGAUGGGAAGCUUUGUCAAGCACUGUUUUAAAGUUUAGGUUCAUAACGAAGACCCUGCACAAUUCUUUUGCCUAUCCUGAGAGCCUCAGCUUUCUUUUUAAUCUCAUUUUAUCAAACACUUUUUUUAGCCUUUGACGAAAGUAUGAGAAAGGAGUUUCUAAAUUUCCAAUGUAUGUUUAGACAGUUUAAGCUUGCUGAUAUAAAAAAAAGGUGUUGCAUGUGUAGUAAUAUUUUCAAAACUCUGCCCUGAUAAGCAAUAAUAAAACAUGUCAUCUUGCUAAUUUAAUGGAAUUUACAUGAAACCAGAACUAGCUCAAGAGAUUGAACUCCACAGGCUUCAGGUGUUCUUUCCUGAAGAGCAAUAAGCUUCUUCAUAACAUUCAUACAGUUAUUUUUGUUUUGUCUUUUUUAUAUCUUGUCAUUUCAGCAGUUGUUGACAGAUGAAAUCUUGAAUCACCUGAUUAGGAGAGAAUGUGUAGUCUUGCAUUGAGACUUGUGCUGGUAAAUUUCUGUUACAUACAGGUGUGCUGUGUUGUGUUUUUAUACCCUCAAGCCUUUUUGUUGAAAGCUUUUUUCCCUUUUCUUCCUAUGCCAGUCUACUGGAAUGUUGAUGAUCAGUAAUACUAGUGUAAUUGGCAUGAGUGCUUUUCAUUUCAGGGAAACUGAACUUCUUGUACCUCAAUAGUGUAUAAUAACACAAAGUUACAUGUUUUUAAUUUUUCUCCCAAGAAAGUUUUGGUUGUUUGAAGGGCACUAAUAGACUGAAAACUGUAUCUACCUAAAGAAAUUUUGUCUGGGUUGUUUUAUAAAUACAAAACAAAGAAAAACUGGUAGUUGUGUGGUUUAUAGGGAAUUUAUGAAUGAGCAUGGAGUCUCACCAACACAUGGCAGGGGAUAAUGUCCAUGGAAAUCGCUGGUUUUGUGUAACCCUCGUUAAACUGAAAAUAAAUACAACACUUUCUUUGUGAUUGUAAGGGUUUUGGUUGUGGG